AUGACCCUUGCGGUGCGGGCCAUUGUCGAGCUUUUCCGUGCUGUACAUCGCGAGGAUGAGGUUAACCGGGAGAUCCUCGCCUUCUCCGUCUCGCAUGACCAUAUCUCAGUCCGGAUUUACGGCCACUACCCGGUCAUAGCCGGGGAAGGCAUCAAGUACUACCGCCAGCCGAUUCACAAAUUUGACUUUACUACACUUGACGGACAGGGCAAAUGGAUGGCAUAUCGAUUCAAGAAGAAUGUCUACGACACAUGGAUGCCCAAGCAUUUCGAGAACAUCUGCUCUGCCAUCCAUAAGUUGCCGUCGGAUUUGGACUUGGAUGUCCCACCACUUUCUGAGGCGACCAGGCUUUCCCAGGAUUUAGGAAACCUGAUGCAGUCGGGUGCCGGCUCCCCUUCUGCUGGCGAGCAGGAUCGCCAACCGAGCAUCGCUGAGCAGCAAGGGGUGACUCCAGACUCCUCAUUCAGUGGGAUAGCAAAGAGGAGGAAAGGCCGGAAGGUGACAAACAGGUAG